CGGGAGCGGGACCGCGGCGGGAGGGUGCCUCAAGGGCAGAAGCACCUGGGACCCCCAAGCCCGGGUCCCCUGAGCCCCACCCCAGUGAGGCCCCUGCGGAGGGGUGGGGCCGCCCAGGUUUUCGGGCUCCGCCCCAGCACCCCCUGCCCAUCACAGGUGUGGUGGGGACCAACCUGGUGGGGACAGCGGCCGCAGCAUCCUUGGGUCAUCACCACGGCGGGCAAAGGAGGAGGACAAGGUAUCAGUGGCAGUGACAGCCACGAUGUCCCUGGGGGGCCGCCCUGGUGAGGAGGAGGAGGUGGCACCGGCCGUGACGUCCCCGGGUGGCCAGCACAGUGGGGACAAGGACGAGGCAGUGGCACUGACGGCGGUGGCAGCCACAGCGUCCCCAGGGGGUCACCCUGGUGAGGAGGAGGAGGUGACCAUUGCAGCGUCGUCUCCACGGUGUCACUCCAGUGAGGAGCAGGAGGAGGAAGAGGUGGCGGUGCCAGCGGCAGUGACAUCCCUGAGGUGUCACCCCAGUGAGGGGCAGGAAGAGGUGACAGCAGCAAAGGCCACAUUGGCCCCGGACAGGCGGCACAGCACAGAUGAGGACACAGCAGCAGUGGCAGCAGUGACGUCCCCAGGGUGUCACCCCAGUGAGGAGCAGGAAGAGACGACAGCAGCGGUGACAUCCUCGGAGCGUCCCCCUGUUGAAGAGGAGGUGACAGCGGGGGUGACAUCGUUGGGGCGUCACCCCAGUGAGGAGGAGGAGAUGGGAGCAGUGACAUCCCUGGGGUGUCCCCCCACUGGGGACGAGGAGGAGGAGGUGACAGCAGCAGUGAUGUCCCCGGGGUGUUCUCCCGUUGGGGAUGAGGAGGAGGAGGAGACGAAGGCGGUGAUGUCCCCAGGGUGUGUCCCUGUUGGGGACGAGGAGGAGGAGGUGACAGCAGCAGUGACAGCGGCAGCGGCCACAUCAGCCCUGGGCGGGCGGCGCGGGGCGGACGAGGACGUGGCGGCCGCGGGCUGGCGGGCGCGGCGCAAACACGUGUUCGUGCUCAGCGAGGCCGGGAAGCCCAUCUACUCCCGGCACGGCAACGAGGAGGCGCUGGCGGCCACCAUGGGCGUCAUGAUGGCCCUCGUGUCCUUCAUCCAGAGCGGCGGCAACGCCAUCCGCGCCAUCUGCUCUGAGGACCGCACGCUGGUGUUCGAGCAGCGGGGGCCGCUGCUGCUGGUGUCGGUGUCCCGCACGCGGCAGUCGGCGGCGCAGCUGCGGCGGGAGCUGGCGUUCGUGCACGAGCAGAUCCUGUCGCUGCUGACCCGCGGGGGCAUCGCCCGCGUCUUCGCGCGGCGCCGCGGCUUCGACCUGCGCCGGCUGCUGGCGGGCGCCGAGGCCGUGCUGGACCGGCUGCUCGGCGGGGCCGCGGCCGACGGGCGGCUGCUCCUGGGGGCUGCGCGCUGCCUGCCCC